UUUCCUGAAAAAUUUCACCUUAGAACUAGCUGUCAUUCACUUCAUCUCCUCUUGCACUUGUUAUCUAGGUUGCCUAAACGUCAUAACACUUGAGCCAUGUGGUUUGGCUUUGAUGUGUUGUAACAUCUGCUUCAGAGAUGGGACUAGUGUGUGGGCAUUAUAGCUGCUUUGAUUUGAGCAGUAAAUUCUAUACUAUAAGUGGUUGACGCAUUCCUCUAUAGGUGGCAUUCACAGCGGGUGCACCUGGUCUGACUAGCGACUAGCUGAUUCACAGGUUGACAUUAUACCGAUUUUUAAUUACAUUAUAUGGAUUUUUUUAUGUAAUGCCUCUGAUGAAACUGACGGAAUUAUCAGUAAAUGCUGAUGGUACUGUUCAUAGUAUAUAGUGAUCGUGAAAAAUCAAUUGGGCUGGAAAAACAUGUUAUUAUUAAUAUACAUUUUAUUGCUGUCAUAUUGUGGUCAAAGGUUAAAGAAUUAUUACGAAGAACUUGAUAAUGCUUUUGACGUUCAAGGCGAAUCUUUGGUGUGUAAUCAGUCGAAAGCUCCGUUACCUAUUGUAAGAGAUAUCUAAAAGAGUUAUUUACAAAAAUUAUAGGCAAAUGUGUUUAGAAGAUAUGCCUAUCGCUACAGGGUGAUUCAUAACUCCGCGAUAUCAAAAAGAUUUUGUCAAAGGAAUCUUAUGCAUAUUUUAGUAUACAUCUUAAAUGCCACCCUCCCGGCUUUUUAUUUUUUUAAGUCAUCAAUUUGAUGCAAGAAUUAUGUCGAGCAAAAAUAAAUUGCCAAUAAAUGUGAAAUAAAGGACCCCCAACUUAAAGACUUCCAAGGUUAAAAGAGUAACGAGACAGUGGCGUAACCUGAGCAUUAGAUAAAAUAAUAAAAUCUUUCAAACUAACUAAUAUCAACACUGAAAGUGUCACAUUUGGCUCCAAUGGUGUUAUUCGCGCUAUUUAAAUGUACGUGUGAUUUUCCACCUCUGUCCAUUUCACUAAAUUAUCGGUAUUGGCAUGGACUUGACCAACUUAGAUAGAUCAAUGUAAGCAGAAAUCAAUCGCUUAUCAUCUGCAAAUGCUGCAACUGUUACAUCGGUCAUAAUAGAAUGAGUACUGAACCUAGAAUACUCUUCUGAGGUAUUGAUAUUUAGAAGACCAUUUUCUUGCUUAAAAUUGUAGGGUAAUAAUUAUACGACUGGUGAUAUCAUAUGAAAGACAUCAGCAUCAAGCUUUUUAUAAUAAAUGUACCACGCUAAUAUCAGUACUAUCGGAGAGGUCUGAUCCAUAUAUUCUCGGUUCAAUCUAUCGGACUUUACAUGCCGUUUUAAGAACCUUAUUUCAUUACGUAUUCGUUUUAGCAACAUUUGACUGGGAAGAUCCUUUGAACCUAGAAUCACAACUUACCGAAGAUGAAAUACUAAUGAGAGACCAGUUCAGGGCGUACUGCCAAGAAAAGUUAAUGCCUAGGAUCGUGGAGGCCAACCGCAAUGAAGUUUUCGAUCGAGAAAUAAUGAAGGAAAUCGGCCAGUUAGGAGUCCUUGGUUGCACCAUCAAAGGGUACGAUUGUGCCGGUGUUUCUAGUGUGUCGUAUGGUCUCCUCACAAGAGAGGUAGAGCGAGUUGACAGCUCAUAUAGGUCUGCAGUUAGUGUACAAUCGUCACUGGUUAUGGGCGCAAUAUACCAAUGGGGUACUGAAGAACAGAAGCAAAGAUACAUUCCACAGUUAGCUGUAGGUGAAAUAAUUGGAUGCUUUGGCCUGACUGAGCCCAACCAUGGAAGCGAUAUUGGAACCAUGGAAACAAACGCAAAAUACGACGAAGCUUCAAAAACGUACACUUUAAACGGAGCCAAAACAUGGAUCACGAAUUCGCCGAUAUCAGAUAUAUUUAUAGUAUGGGCACGCUGUGAUGAUAAGAAAGUUCGAGGGUUUAUAGUUAACAAAAAGGAACAUGGUAAAGGACUUGAAGCCCCUAAAAUAACAGGGAAAUUCUCGUUGAGAGCAUCACAGACCGGCAUGAUCCUGCUAGACAAUGUCAAAGUUCCCGAAGACCACCUGUUGCCCAAGGUAUCAGGAAUGCGCGGUCCGUUUUCCUGCCUGAACAACGCCCGAUACGGCAUCGCCUGGGGGGCGAUGGGUGCCGCGGAAGCUUGUUUGGGCUAUGCCAGGGCGUACACCCUGGACAGGAAGCAGUUUGGAAGGCCAUUGGCCAACACGCAGCUCAUGCAGAAGAAAAUGGCGGACAUGGCCACGGAGAUCGCUCUCGGGUUGACGGCCGUGUUUGCAAGUCGGGAGGCUCAAAGACAAGGAUCUACAUACACCUGAAAUGAUAUCAAUGCUCAAAAGGAAUAACGCAGGCAAAGCCUUGGCUAUAGCGAGAGAAGCAAGAGAUAUGCUAGGAGGUAACGGAAUUCACGAUGAAUACCACAUAAUACGGCAUGCGAUGAAUUUAGAAGCUGUAAAUACAUAUGAAGGUACACAUGAUGUCCAUGCAUUGAUAUUAGGAAGAGCAAUCACAGGACUAAAUGCAUUCUAGGAAUAAAUACAAUUUGAAAGUAUCUUCAUACACUCAAUAAAUACUAUACCUAAACAUUUUGUAUUUUCCACCUUCCUCAUACCUCAGACCAAAACAUUCUGCAAAAAUCAUGAUCAGGAUCAACUAUACAUCAUGCUGAUUGAAUGAUGUUACAGUGUUUGCUUUUCUUUCUUCACAUGAUGAGCAAUAAUUGACAGUCAAAUACUUCUGCAAAUAUUAAUAUACAUCUACAGUCUCACUCAGACUCACUUGUUGAUCCAUAGUCACC